CCAUACAGACUGUUCCUCUCUGCACAACAGGACCAGCCAGCUUUGAAGCAUGAGUUCCCAGCAGCAGAAGCAGCCCUGCAUCCCACCUCCUCAGCUUCAGCAACAGCAGGUGAAGCAGCCUUGCCAGCCUCCACCCCAGGAGCCAUGUGUCCCCAAGGUGCCUGAGCCCUGCCACCCCAAGGUGCCUGAGCCCUGCCACCCCAAGGUGCCUGAGCCUUGCCACCCCAAGGUACCUGAGCCCUGCCACCCCAAGGUACCUGAGCCCUGUCACCCCAAGAUGCCUGAGCCCUGCCACCCCAAGGUUCCUGAGCCCUGCCACCCCAAGAUGCCUGAGCCCUGCCACCCCAAGGUACCUGAGCCCUGCCACCCAAAAGUACCUGAGCCCUGCCACCCCAAGAUGCCUGAGCCCUGCCACCCCAAGAUGCCUGAGCCCUGCCACCCCAAGAUGCCCGAGCCUUGCAUCUCAACGGUCACUUCAGCACCAGCCCAGCAGAAGACCAAGCAGAAGUAA